GGGAAGAGAACUUGAACAUGGGUGGCCCGCGACCACGACAUAACCGGGCAUUUAUAUUUGGGGCCGGGCAAUGUAAGUGGACACAUAUGCUCAAGUGAUCAUUUCGAAAUUGCAGGAAGACGAGGAAAGAUCCUGUUUUGAUCUUAUAUUUGGUGAUAUUAAGCAUUUCCUUCAUUCAAUUCUAAAGCACAUAUAUCUAUUAUUUAAUGUAAAAAUCUAUGAAUCGUGUAGCUCGUACUUUAACUAGACUCGUCCAUUCUAAGGCGCGGGUGGUAGGGUGUUUCUUUAUCGUGAUAAUUGUAUUUUGAGCCUUUUUUAUAAUUAUUUUGAGCCUUUUGGCGAAUGAUUCUCUACAUUAAUGAAAAUGAGAUAUUUUUACAAUAAAAAAAUAAAUCGUAAAUUGUAAAAUAAAUAAGGAAUUGGUCUCUACGUACGUAAUUCUAAGAUGCAACUUACCUUCGUUUUCUCCUACUACGUACCCUUCUUCUUCAAUUCUUCAUUCUCUCUUCUGCAAGAAGCAAGGCACAGUCAAAUAUAAGGUACUCCAAACCCAAAAGGACUCUAUAUUCUUUAAAAUAGCAAAGCAAUUAUUGUAAUUGUAAUUCUAUACAAUAUUUGAUAUAUUAUACUCCGUACUAUAUAUAGCAAGGUAAUUACUAUAUUCGUAAACCUGAUUAGGCCUGCAUAUCGGAUUGCUAAUAAUUCCUUGAUUCAAUUAUGCACCUCGAUUGACGUACGGCGAGGUUAAUAAAAUAUGGAGGAGGUUCAUCGUUCCGCCGCCGCCGCCGCCGCCGAAGUCCGGAAACUUCACAUAAUCUAUUUUAUUAGCCGGAAGGGCCGCACCGAACACCCACAUCUCUUCCGAGUCCACCAUCUCUCCCGCCACGGUGUCCACCUCCGAGACGUGAAGAGAUGGUUAGGGGAAUUGAGAGGAAAAGAAUUGCCCUCGUCAUUUGCCUGGUCAUAUAAGAGGAAAUACAAGACAGGAUAUGUAUGGCAAGACGUUGUGGACGAUGAUCUCCUCACACCAAUUUCGGACAAUGAAUACGUCCUCAAAGGAUCCGAAAUUACCUCAUCCACACCUACCAAAGAAAAAGGUGCGCCCAUGCAAAAGGAAUUAGAGGUCGAAGGCCAUAAUAAAGACGACUCGAAACUGCAACUGACAAAAGAAGAAACAAAUCAAUGGCGGUGUCAUUGCCAUUGCUAUCACCAUCAAGCUCCCAUAGAUAAGACCACAUCAGGAAAGAAAACGGCCUCAGAAGAGAUCAUCAAUACCGAGGAGGAAGAAGACGACGACGAAUCAUCUCCCAUUCUCCCACGCCGGGAAACCUCAACUAUGGCUGGCGACGAAUCCGCUGACGCAAGGUCUCCGUCCACUCCUCUCCGCUCUCUCUUCGCCAAAAACAAGAUCAGAGAACACGGCCGGGAAAAGGGGGCAGUCCCGCAACAAUCGGGCAUUUUCCGGAGUAUCAUCACCUGCGGCAACGUCGACACCAAGGACUCCGCCGUCGUGCGCCGUCAGCCGUACUUUGGCGCUCCAUCGUCGUCUGAUCUUAAGGGAAAAACGACCAUCUCCACGGAGAUUUGUUAUAAACCGGCGAAGCUCGACGGUGGGUCUCAGAGGACUUGCAAGGCACGCCAUAGUCAACCCAGGAAAACCAGCGAGGGGUUGCAUUUGCAUAGCAAUGGCCGGAGGCCGUUUUCCGGCGCUUACAGAGCUCCUAAGUGCUCGCAAUGUGGGAAGCCAUUCAACCCGGAGAAACUAUACUCACACAUGAAAUCCUGCAAAAGAAUGAAGAAUUGUGGAAAGAGUACACAUCAGGACUCCUCUGCAGCUGAAAACAGUUCAAAGAGAUCAUCAACCCAACAAUCAAUGAAUAACAAAUCAGUUUCUUCUUACUGCUCAACGUUUUGAACACCAACGAAUUGGGCGGGCAAAGAGUACCCGCCCAUGCUAUUUCUUCUUCCAUGAUUCUUAUGGUCUUUUACAGCAAUUCUGUACAAAUGAAAUGCACACAUACAUACUACACCUCCAUUGUACUUAUCUAGGUGUUUGUUUGAAUGUCCACUUUUAAAGAGAUUAAAUGAUUUUCCAAAAGCAUAAAUAUUUA